AUGAGUUGGAACCAGCCGUUACCAAUUGAGUUAUUCACUUCAAUAAAUAAAGUUACCGAUGUUCCUAAAGAAUGUCCCACUGACUCCCCUACCAGUUUGAAUAUCAGAUGUGGACCCAUCUUGAAAUUAUUCAAUUGUGACAAAGAUUACAUCGCUUCGAUGUUAAUUGUAUUAGAAGAUUAUGAUGAAGUUCCUGAAGUCACUUUCAAAGUUGGUCCUUUGAAGAUUGAAUCGGAUGAUCAAUGUAAAACCGGAGGUUUCAAGGGUAAAAGGUUCUACCAGGAAGAUAAUUUCCAUUUCUUCAGAUUUGAUAUCAAUUUACCAGUAGUUGAGUUUGAACAAAAGUGUCAAUAUUUCCUUAAUGGUGAGACCACUGACUAUUGGAUGUUUUAUAUCCCAAGCUUGAACCAAUCAAUGAAUGUUAUGUCUUUCAGUUGUAAUGGAUUCUCAUUAGGAUGCGAUACUGGAGAAUAUCCAAGUUCUUUAUGGCACGAUGUAUUGAAAAAUCACUCUAAAAAACAUUAUCAUGUGAUGCUUGGAGGAGGUGACCAGAUUUAUUGUGAUUCCGUCAAGUUAGCUUCAUCUGCUUUACAAUCUUGGUUGGAAAUGGCUAAUAAUAAAGAUAAAUUUAAUGCUCCAGCUACCGAAGAAGUCACCAGCGAGUUUUCCAAGUAUUAUUUGAAUCAUUAUAUGGCAUGGUUCGGUAAAGGAUACUGGGAAGGUCUGAAAUCUUCAUGUUUAGAGAGUUUGUUCCCAAUCGCAAGUACUACUAUUCCUGCUGUUAAUAUUUAUGAUGAUCAUGAUAUUAUUGAUGGUUAUGGGUCAUAUCCAGAUUCCACUAUGGGUUCACCGGUGUUCAAGGCUUUAGGUAAAAUCGCUUAUAAGUAUUAUAUGAUCUAUCAACAUCAUCAAUUACCUGGAGAAACCAUCACUUAUGAAAAAGGUUGGAUCAAAGGUAAGGACGAUAAGAAUUUCAUGAGUUCAACUCCUUUAAGUGUUUAUGCCAAAUUGGGUAAUCAAAUUGGAUUAAUUGGUUUUGAUUGUAGAACGGAAAGAUCCUUAGAACAAAUCAUUAAACCACAAAGUUAUAAAGCUAUCUUUGAUAGAAUGGCUUUAGAAUUGAAGAAUUCUCCUGAUAUUAAACAUUUCUUAGUUAUGCUUGGUGUACCUAUUUUAUAUCCAAGAUUAGUAUGGUUAGAAUUAGUUUUAAACUCUCCUUUAUUAAUUCCAAUCAGAAAAUUGGCCGAAAAAGGUAUCAUUAAUAAAGGUUUGGUCAAUGAAUUUGAUGGUGGUGUUGAAGUUUUAGAUGAUUUGAAUGAUCAUUGGUGUUCUAAACAUCAUAAAGCCGAAAGAAAUAAGUUACUUAAAGAUUUAAUCGAUUUUGGUGCAGCUAAUUCGGUCAGAAUAACCAUUUUAAGUGGUGAUGUUCAUCUUUGUUGUAUUGGAAGAUUGAAGUCAAGAUACUAUCAUCAUCCGAACUUCCAUAGAAUCGGUCAUAAAGGAGCCAUUGAACAUAAUGAAAAAGUGUUGAAAUCUCCCGAAUAUGAUCCAAGAUUAAUCUUUAAUGUUAUUUCUUCAGCUAUUAUCAAUGCUCCACCACCUGAUCCUAUGGCUAAUUUAUUAAACAAGAGAUCAAAGGGUCAUCAUUUUUCAAAAGAUUGUGAUGAAGAUAUGGUGCCACUCUUUAAUGUUAAUCCUGAUGGUUCUACAAGAGACAAUCAUCAAUUCUUGAACAAACGUAAUUGGUGUGAUUUAAUCAUUGCUCCUCAAUCAGAACAUGCUUCUAAAAUAGGUCAAGAACAUAGUGUUUUACCAUCUUCAACAAAGAAAGAAUUUGUUCAUGGGACUGAUAAUCAUUUCAUCAAAUAUCCAUUAUUACCAGAAUCCUUGGUCACCACCAUUCAUGUUGAAGAUGAUCCAAAAGACUUUGAAACCAACACUAUGGGUUAUCAAUUACUCAUUCCUCCUUUACAAGGGAAAUUUGCUUUAGACGAUGCUCCUGUCAAACAUGUUGACGGUUCGGAUUAA